AUGGGUCCCGCGGCGUUCACCGAGUCUGCCGCGCCGCUGCUCCUCGCGCAGCCCGCGUACGCUCUCGACCCCGACGACGACGGUGCGCACCCUGUGUCCGCGCUGCCCCCGGCGGCGCAGCUGGCGCUGCCCGUGCUCGAGCUCGUGGCGGCGGACGAGGGCGCCCACCCCAACCCCUGGACCGAGCCGCUCGAGAUUAAUACCGUGGCGGAGCGGCGCGCGCGCAUGUGGCACCAGCUGCGCGUGGCGUUCGAGAAGGCGCAAGAGGUGGAGCGCCGAGCAGAGGCGGACGCACAAGCGAGUGGUGGCGGGGCAGCAGCAGUCGCCGGAGCAGCGCGCGGGGCCAGCAGCGCCGUGCCUCCGUACCCUCACCCCGCCGACCCCGCUACUCACGCCGUUGCGGGCGGCGCGGCUGCGCCUUUCACAGCAGCAGGCCCGCGCGGCGUGCCGCCCGGGCUGCUGCAGUUUGCGCGCACCGUCGCGCGGCUCGUGGGGGUGGGGGGAGGCGCGCGUGUGGCGCCGGAGUGGAUGGCGGAGGAUGAGGGGAGGGCGGAGGCGGAGGAGACAGACGAGGGGCGGGGCGAUGGGCGAGAGGGGGUGGACGGCGCAACUGAACUCACGCCCACUGCUGCUGCUGCUGUUGCUGCUGCUGGCGCUGCAGGAGGGCUUUCAGCGCGCAAUAACGAGGAUGCUCCAAACGAGUUGGAGGGAGGGCAGGCAGCAGCACGGGGCGGAAGGCCGACAUUCCAGCAGUGGCAGCAGGCGAGUGCGCAGGGAGGGGCACAGGGGGAGGUGCAGGGCGGGGGGGAAGCGGGGAGGGGCAUGAGGGUGGCGGUGGGCAUGCAGGUGCAGCUGCCUCGCACCGUGUCGCCUCGCAUCAGGGCCUCCGUCACUCCUCGCUCUGCCCGCCUCCGGCGCCGCGCCGGCGCAGCAGUGGGGAUGGACGAGCCAGCGGGGCCGGGCAGUCCGGGGGGCGGUGAUGAGGGCGCGCGCAGCAGGGGCGUGGGGGGGCUGGCGGACGUGGCGGAGGCGGUGGAGGAUGUGACAGUAUCGAGGGGCGGGGGCAGAGAGGGGGAGGGGGCGGGGUCGUGGGGCGUGCUGCUGGGGGGCGUGGGGCUGGUGCAGCAGCGCGAGCAGAGGGAGAGAGAGUGGGCGCGCGAGGCCGCAGCAGCGGAGGCGGAGGCAGCAGCGGUGGCAGCAGCAGCGGCGGCGCAGCGAGCGGCGGCGGCGCGGAGGAAGGCCGGGCUGGACGGGCUGGAGGUGGCCGUGGGGGCGGGCGACGGUGCUGCCGACGCAGGGGGAGGGGGCGCGACAGCGGGGGCAGAGGGGGGGUGGGGCGUGGUGGGGUUCAUUCGAGUGGGCGGGGAGGGCGGAGGGGAGGAGCAGGAGCGGCGGCUGGAGGUGGCGUGUGCCAUCCGCGUGCGCGACACCGCCUCGGGGCAGGAGUACCUCGUGGACCGCCCAGCGCUGCUGCUCUGGGGGGGCGAGGCGGGCGCAGGCGGGGCAAUGGGCGCGGAGGGCGUGCGGUGGGGCUUUGGGGGGAAGGUGAUGAGGGGGCGAGGGCAGGCGGGGGCGUCCAGCGGCGGGGGGAGUGUGGGCGGGGCGGGGAUUGAGGGCGUGGAGGAGGGGGAGAAUGUGGCGGCGCUGCUGGCUCUGAGGGCCGUGAGGCAGGCGGUGAGGGACGAGCGCGUGGUGGAGCGGCGCCGCAAGAAGAAGACCCAACUGGCGCCCACAGGCGCUGCAGCUGGUGGCACGGCGGGCGCAGGCGAGGGCGAGCAGGGGCCAGCAGAGGCCGCGGUGGCCGGCGCAGGCCAAGGGAGUGGCGCAGCGAGCGGCGGCGCGCGGAGCAGAGGCGGCGUGGGUGGUGAGCAGGAGGGCGGCGAAGGGCGAGGGAAGGCAGGCACGGAGGAAGGGAAAGAGGAGAAGAGGAGGGAUGGAGGAGAGGUGGGUGUGGUUGAGAGUGGUGAGGAAGGGUCGGACGCGGAGUACCGCGAAGGGGUGCGGUUUGUGAGUGCUCGGCGGGACACACUGGGGCUGACCGAUGACGAGGAGGACGGCCAUGUGGCGCGCUGUGAGGUGUUCGGUGAUAUCGAGGAGGGGGGGGAGGGGGAUGAGGACGACGACGAGGAGGAGGACGAGGAGGAAGAGGAAGGAGGAAGAGCAGGACGGGGUUUCAGCGGAAAGUGGGGAGAAAGUGGGUGGGGGCGCAAGGGGGGAAAGAGCAAGGCCCGCGUAGGGGUGGGGGAAAGUGAGGAGGGGAGGGACGGGGGGGAGGAGGGCGGAGAGGGCAGCAAGGGGGAGCAGGGCAGUGUGGAGGAUGCGGGGGAUGAGGGGGCGCAGGGCCGGCCCAAGUCGAGCCGCGGGCGCGGGUGGCUCAAGGCUAUUCGCCGUGCUGCCGGGUAUGGCAGUGGCAGUGGCAGCGGCGCCAGUGGCAAGGAGAGAGGCAGCGGGAAGGGGAAGGAUGGCAGCAAGAGUAAGGGGGGCCAGGGGGAGGGCAGAGAGGGCGGUACAGGGGCUGCAGGGGGAGCGGUGGCGGGAGAGGGCAAUGGGGAUGGGGGUGGAUGGGCGGGGGAAGGGGAGAGGCCGGGCGAGCCCUCAGUGCCGCCAGGGGAGCGCUCAGACCAGCCGCCUGCCGGACCACUGGGAGGCUUGGGCCUAGCCUCAUCCGGACUAGCAGGCUCGGGGCCAGGCAUGGCGAAGUCAGCAACAGUAGCGGCGGCAGCAGGUGGAGCAGGUGGGGCGUGGGGCGCCCCUCCGGUGGGGCCGGUGAGGGUGAAGGUGUCGGCCGUGAGGAAGCCCGCCCGCCAGCUCUCCGACCUCUGGCUGCGCCAGGAGGUGCGCGGUGCGCAUGAGGGCGCCGUGUGGGUGGCGCGCUUCAGCUGCUGCGGGCGCUACCUGGCCACGGGCGGGCAGGACGGCGCCGUGCGCGUGUGGCGGGUCCAGGGGGCGGGCCACGGUACUGGUGCAGCGGACGAGGUGGUGGGCGCGUGGGAGCAGCGGGGGGGGAGGCUGGGUGGGGGAGGGGGCAGUGGAGGAGUGGAUGCCAAGGGGUGGGACGAAGCGCACGUGCGGGCGCGGGGGUACCCACGGGAGCGGUCGGAUGGGGCGCCGGCGUUUGCAUCGGAGGAGAUUGCCCCGCCUGCCCUGCCCCACGCGGCGUCGCUGGCGUCUGGCUUCCGCUCCGUGCCCUCCUCCCCCAUGCACCCGCUGCUGCGCCCCUCCUCUGCCGCCCCCCAUGCCCCUUCAGAGGCAGCGCCACGCAGCAGCGGGGGAGGGGGCGCGAGCAUGGGGCGGGCGGUGCCGCUGUUCCGCCUGCAGGAGGCAGCGCUGUGCUGCUUCACGGGCCACUCUGCUGAUGUGCUCGACCUCGCCUGGGCUUCUAAUGGGCGCCCACUGCUGGUGUCGGCCUCAGCGGACAGGACGGUGCGCCUCUGGCAUGUCGGCUCCUCGCACUGCCUGCGCGUCUUCCCCCACCCCGACAUAGUGACGGCGGUGGCGUGGCAUCCGCGGCAGGCGGGUGUGUUUCUGACGGGGGCGCUGGACGAGAGGGUGCGCGUAUGGGCGGCAGCGCAGGGCGCCGUGCUGGACUGGGUGGACGUUGGUGAGAUGGUCACCGCCGCCACCUUCAUGCCCCACGGACAGGGCAUCGCGGUGGGGACAGCCAUCGGCAACUGCCGCUUCUACUCCAUCUCAGCUGACGGUGAGUUGAGUCUGGAGGAGUCAGUGGAUCUGCGUGGAGGCAAGGCCAAGAAGCUGCCGCCCAAGAAGGUCACGGGCAUCCAUGCGGUGCCGGGGUCUGCCUGCCACGUGCUCGUGUCGGCGGCCGACUCGCGCCUGCAGCUGUACCAGGGCGCGCAGCUCAAGUGCAAGCUGCAGGGCCACAAGAACACCGCCUCGCACCUCGCCGCCGCUGUCAGUGUGGGCGGCGACUUCAUCGUGACGCCCAGCGAGGACGGCACCAUUUUCCUCUACAACCCGCCGGGGCUCGUUGCCAAAACCGGGCAGCCCAAUGACCGGCAGAAGGCUUAUGAGUAUUUUGCAUGCCCGAGCGUGAGCAGUGCCGUGGCAGUGUGGCCGCUGGGGGUGGAGAGGCAGCGAGUGGGGCAGACGUCGCUGCUGCCCUCGGGUGCUGCCAGCGCCUCUGUGCCCGACCAGCCGCGCGUCAUUCCCAGAGGGGCCAGCUCCGCCUCUCCCGCUGCCACCCUGCCCGCACGCCCUGCUGCCACCACUGCUGCCCCUUCCCCUGCCACUGCUGCCCCUUCCCCUGCCACUGCUGCCCCUUCCCCUGCCACUGCUGCCCCUUCCCCUGCCACUGCUGCCACCACUGCUGCCCCUUCCCCUGCCACUGCUGCCCCUUCCCCUGCCACUGCUGCCCCUUCCCUUGCCACUGCUGCACCGCCUGCUGCUGGUGGCAGCACUGGCAGUAGCAUGGUGGGGCUGUUCUAUGGGGGUGGGGCUGCCCUCACAGCAACAGCAGUGGUGCCUUCUCCCUCACCCUCGUUCGCAGGAGCAGACUGGGAGCAGCGCAGCCGCGGCAGCCAUGGCGACAGCGAUCCCAGCCGGCCCACCACGAGUGCCAGUGUGGGCGGCAGCGGGGGGCAGCACAGCACGUCCACGGACGUGGGGGGGUCGGGCGAGGCGGGCAGGGCGGUGAGGGAGCGCUUUGAGGCUGCUGUGGCCGCCAUGGCUGACGGCACGGCAGGCGGUGCGCGUGGCGAUGGGUUGGGGCAGGCAGUGCAGGACGGAGGCUGGAGUGCGGCAGCAGAUGGGGGGGCAGCAGCAGCAGGUGCGAGCAAGCCUCCGCUGCACUCUGCUGCCCCGGGGGCGUCACGAAGCCCUCUUCGUCUUUUCUCUCCCUCCUGGGCGGCAAGUGAUGAGCUGGCGGGCGGCGACUGCAGUGCAGCCGACGGGCUGGAGGCAGCGGCAGCAGCAGUGGCGGGCACAGAGGGGCCAACGCAGGCUGGACCAGCUGCCGCAGCACAGGCAGCAACACAGGCAGCGGGUGGACUGGCAGCAGCAGCAUCGAGGCGGAAAGAGCAGGUGGCAGCUGCCGCAUCAGCUGCCGCACCCACACCACCCAAGGGCAGAGCCGCAGCCGCAGGGGGAGGUGCAGGAGGAGGGGCAGGGGGAGGAGGGGGCGAGGGAGGGGGGUGGCAGUGGGGCGAGGGCGCGGCGGAGAGGGCGUCGGCACUGGGGCUGGUGAUCGUGGCGGGCAGCUUCACGGGCGACCUGCGCGUGUACCAGAACAUGGCCGCCCCCUCCAAGGGGUAG